AUGGUCCAGAAUGCGGCAGCUCGCUUGCUGACGGCUCAGUAUAUAGAUUGUGUGAAUGUGAGGUUGGUUGGUGGUCACAGUCGCUGUGCUGGUAGAGUGGAGGUUCUCUCAACACGAGUUCAGUGGGGAACAGUGUGUCAUGAUGACUGGGAUUUGCCUGAUGCUGCAGUGGUGUGUAGAGAGCUGGACUGUGGAGAACCUGUAGAUGCUCUGCAUGGUGCUCAUUUUGGACCAGGUUCAGGACAAAUCUGGAUUAAUUUUGUCAUGUGUUGGGGAUCAGAAUCCACACUGAAGAACUGUGGGUCAGGAGGAUGGGAUAGACACAACUGUGAUCAUAAUAAAGAUGCUGGAGUCAUCUGCUCAGGUAAAGUACUGCUGGUUGGAGGUUCUCGCUGCUCUGGGAGGUUAGAGAUACUUCAUGAUCAGACGUGGAUGUCAGUGUGUGAUGCUGCCUUUGACCAGCAGGAUGCAGAGGUUGUGUGUAGAGAGCUGGACUGUGGGGCUCCUGUACAGGUGCUGGGAUCAGCUGCUUUUGACAAAGGAGACACUCAGAUGUGGACACAAGAGAUUCAGUGCAGAGGAAAUGAGUCUCAGAUUCACCUCUGUCCAACUAACUCCUCACACAAACACAGCUGUUCACAUGAAUACAGUGUUGGACUAGUGUGUGCAGACAAUAUGAGAGUGAGGUUGGUUGAUGGUCACAGUCGCUGUGCUGGUAGAGUGGAGGUUCUUCAUAGAGGUCAGUGGGGAACAGUGUGUGGUGUAGACUUUGAUAUGGCUGAUGCUGCAGUGGUGUGUAGAGAGCUGGACUGUGGAGAACCUGUAGAUGUUGUUGUUGAUGCUCAUUUUGGAUCAGGAUCAGGAGCAUUCUGGCCAAAUCGCAAAUUAUGUACUGGAUCAGAGUCUACACUGAAGAAUUGUGGAACAGUACAAUGGGGUUCAUAUCUCUGUGAUCAUACUAAAGAUGCAGGAGUCAUCUGUUCAGGUAAUCUGCUCCAAAGUCAUAAGCCUUCCAGACUUGCUGCUGGACCUCAUCUGUGCUCUGGGAGGUUAGAGAUACUUCAUGAUCAAACGUGGAUGUCAGUGUGUGAUGCUGCCUUUGACCAGCAGGAUGCAGAGGUUGUGUGUAGAGAGCUGGACUGUGGGGCUCCUGUACAGGUGCUGGGAGCAGCUGCUUUUGACAAAGGAGACACCCAGAUGUGGACACAAGAGAUUCAGUGCAGAGGAAAUGAAUCUCAGAUUUCAUUCUGUUCAAUAUCAGCAUCACACCAACACAACUGCAGCAGUGACAAUGAUUUUGGCUUGAAAUGUUCUGGUUACACUGAUCUCAGACUGGUAAACGGUUCAGACUCUUGUUCUGGAAGAGUGGAGCUUCAGUUCCUCAAUGAGUGGGGCACAGUGUGUGAUGCAUGCUGGGAUAUGAGAGCUGCCAGUGUCCUCUGUAGACAGCUGAAUUGUGGGAUUGCUGUGUCUGUUAUGGGAUCAGACUGGUUGGGAGAGGGAAGUGGUGAAAUCUGGGCUGACGUGUUUGAUUGUGACGGGAAUGAAACAAAACUCUAAGAAUGUUCCAUCUCUUCAUGGAGUCGAGAUGAAUGUUCUCACGGACGAGAUGUUGGAGUCAUCUGCUCUGAUUCCUCUCUGGCUCUUCAUGAUGGUCUGGUGCGGUUGUCUGGAGAUGGGACAGUGUUGUGUGAGGGGAAUGAGACAUCCCUGUGGAGCUGCUCUUCUCCAGGCUGGGGAAAACAUGACUGUCAUCACAAGGAGGAUGUAGGAGUCGUGUGCUCAGAUUUUAAAGAAAUCAGGUUAACUGAGGGCUGUGAAGGGAAUGUGGAGGUUUUCUACAAUGGAUCCUGGGGUAAUGUGUGCUGGAACCAGAUGGACAGAGACACAGCGAGUAUGAUUUGUCAAGAGCUGAACUGUGGUAGAUCUGGUGAUUUUUCUGAUUCAGUAUCAAGAGUGAAAUCAGCUACUUACUGGUUGGAUGAAGUGAAAUGUCGACCACAUGAUUCAAAUCUGUGGCAGUGUCCAUCUUUACCAUGGGGACAAAAUGACUGUGUUGGAGAUGAAGUGGCCAAAAUCACCUGCUCAGGUGAGACAUUUUCCUUUAUAAUUUGUCUAUGUGCCUGUGAUGUGUGUAUUUUAGAUCAUAUUCCUCUGAAACUGAGUGGAGGGGAGGGCUGGUGCUCUGGGAGGCUGGAGGUGUAUCAUAACGCUGUGUGGGGCUCAGUCUGUAAUGAUCAGUGGGACAUCAGCGAUGCUCAGGUGGUCUGCAGGCAGCUGGGUUGUGGAGCAGCUCUGAGGGCUGAUGGGAAUUCAGUCUUUGGUGCUGGUGAAGGUGUUGUGUGGAUGAACAAAGUCGAGUGCAGAGGGAAUGAGAUUCACCUGUGGGACUGUCCUCUUUCCCUGAAAAACCACACUGACUGCUCCCACAAUGAGCAAGCUGGACUCACCUGUGCAGAUUCCACAGAUGUGCCAGUGUCCACUACUCCUGCUACAACAACAUCAGUUUCUCCUCCAGUUUCUCCUCCAGUGCACUCAACAUCAGUCUCUCCUCCACAAACUCCUUCAGCAGCAUCUCUCUCCAUCCCCCCAAGAGAGUAUUCUCCCCUCCUCUUCUCCCAGUCUGAUCAGCAUCCCUCUGCUGGUGUGAGCGAUGUGAUCUCAUUUUGUGGAAGUGAGGAGUUGCUGCUUGAUGACAGCAUGUCCAUAGCAGUAUCGGACGCAGAGGAGCUGUUGGGCUCGGUGUCUGACCCCACCCUCUCAUCAUCGUCCCCGCCCAGCACCACCAAGGAUCGGAUGGAUGCCGAGCUUCUCCGUAUCCUCUCCAAAGUUGUUGGAGAGUUGGGUUUAGAGUGGUCUCCGCCAGAGGAACCCUCACAUAGCCGUCUGCAUGAGUGGUUCCUGCCAGGGCGUCACCAGGAGGUCCACGACAAGCUCACCAGAUCGUGGCGUGCCCCCUACUCCGCCCGCCUCCGUACUGCCUCUUCUUCCCCCCUCACUUCCAUUGACGGCGCUGAAGAGAAAGAGUCAACAAGCCACCUCCACUGGAUGAGUCAGUGGCAGCGCACCUCUGCCUGCCCACGGCCAUUUGCUGGAAAGCGAAGGCCGCUCAUCCGUCCAAGCCUUGCCAAGAUCCUUGCAUCCACGGAUGAGUCUGGCUUAGACCCUGCUACCCUCAGGGAUCUGAGGAGUGCUACUGACCUGGCUCUGUGCGCCAUCAAGGCCAACGCCCAGGCGAUCUGCUCAAGCUCUGCUGCUGUGCUCGCACAAGUCUACACCGACGCAGCCCGCAAAGCCAUCACCGACCGCCCCCGACGUUCAGCCUGCUACGCACAGCAGACAUGGGACUCUCUCGCUCGGCCAAAGCGCUACCCCUCUUUCGAGGCUCCAGGCGACCCGAACCAGAUUGCAUUGGACCUAGGCAUACGCAAACGUAUCCUGAUCUGUUUGACAGGAAGAGGAUGGGUCAGAUCUUGUCCCUACCCGGCCCAGACCGCUCCCUCACAGAGGAGCAUCUCUUAG